AAAUAUUAUUAUCUAUGAAUUAUGAAAAUGAAAAUAAAAAAAUAAAUAGUAAAAUAAUUGACAAAACUGAAAAUUGAAAAGGAAAACCUUUAAUUAAAUAGAUAAUUACUCUGUCUCUGUACGAUAAUAGGUGGAUAAUAGUUUACUAAAAUAAAAUGUUCAAGUUUUGUGUGCUAUUUGUAAUAAUAAGUAUUUUUGUUAAACUCGAGGCUAAUCCAGAAAAUGAUGAUAUUUAUUAUUCACAGUCCCAAGUAAUACUACGAGACAAUGGUAUACGAUAUUCGAGUUCAUAUCCCAGUCAGUGCUUUGAAAUUUUAAAAGAAUUCGCAGAAAAUGCUUCUAAUUUUACACUAUGUACGAUAUUACAUGCGAGACCUAUAACUCUGUGCGAGAAGUGCAUCAAGGAUUAUGUGAAGUUUCGUGACAAAUACAAAGAGUUAUUGGUUUCAGUUGUAAAUGGAACUUCCUGUAAAUCAAUAUUCUUAUCCCAAGACAGAUUAAAUGCAGUACAAGAGUAUCAUGACAAUAUUUUAAGUGUGUGGGACAAAGGAAAUUGUAAUGACUGUUAUAACUGGACACUGGGAAUUCCCUCACUGAAAAGUACCACAAUAGAUUUUUAUAGAAUGUCUAAUGAUACAAAAGAUUGUAUAUCUAAAUACAAUGACCCUGAUAAUAGUGAAGUUUGUAACAAGUGCAUGCAGAUUUAUGAACAACUUGACGAGUUCUAUAAAACUUUGAGCUCAGAUUCAAUUGGUGUGGAUAGUGUUUGUAUGGAUAUUGUAGAUUCAAUGAAUGCCACAAGAUCCACAUGGAGUAAAACACUCAAUUGCUGUAAUCUAAGGAGAACCCCUGAAGUUGUAUUUUUAAGUUGUGCAGGGAUCAUUUCAUUCCUUCCUAUAUUGUACUACAUCACUGUGAGAUAUUGUGGGCCAAUUCGAGAUUUACCAAAUGUACUGAAACAAUCAAGAUUUAAACAAACAAUCUUAAGAGGACUCUCUAUUGAAAGCAGAAGUGACUAAAGAUCUGAAGACUAUAAUAUCCAAAUAAUCAAAAGUUGUAAAUAUAUUGUAAGUAGCCAUAAUUAAAGCUGUCUGGUAUAAAAUCAUAAUAGUACUGGAUUUGGUUUUGUUGCCAAAAUUAAAAAUUUCCAUCCUGACUGAUGAAAACCCUAAAAUAAGUAGAACAAAGGAGAAUGUAUAGGAGUUACCUCUUAAUUAUAGAAGAAUUGACAACAUAAUUUAAGACAAAUAUGGCAUACUUAAUGAUAUUCCAUGGAUGUACUGUGUGGGUGCCAUAGUGUGACCAAGAUAAUUUAUAAAAAAUGUUAUGAUAUGAAUAAAUUAAUAAAGAUUGAAUAAUUGUAA